UCUCUGCUUUGAACAAUAAUAAUAAUUACUAUUAAACGUCGCGCUAGUAUGCGUGUACAAAUAAAACCGUGAGUUUAUUUUAUAUGAGAAAGUGAUGUGGCACACUGUGAAGGUUCCAGCAAUAUUUUCCCGGUGAAAUGCAAAUAAAGAAUUCGGUUUUCCUGGUUGUAGGAGGCGCCUCCGACCUCUAUGGACGAGCUACAGUAGAAAAGCUGCUCAAAGAGGGAGGUCGAGUGAUUAUAUGCGACCUUCCCACCAAAGACUUGCAUAUUUAUGGGGACGACAAAGCCAUAUUUUUGCCCAUUAAUGUCAGCAGUGAUGUGGAUAUAAAAACCUUAGUCUCCGUAGUGGAUGAAAAAUAUGGUCGACUGGAUGGCGUGGUGAACUGUACCGACCAAUCCAGCUCAACGCCUGUAUAUGAUUUUAAGGAAAAAGAACCGCAAAAGCUUCAGGAGUUUGCUGACAUUCUAUACGAAAAUAUUUUAGGUCCAUUCAACAUCAUUCGAUUCACCAUCCCUCUGCUGGCCAGGAAUGUUCCGAAAAAAGGCAGCGGCCGCGGCAUUAUUAUCAACAUGUCCAAUGCUGCAGCAUUCGAGUCCAGUGAUAAAUCCUGCGCUUAUGCAGCAAGUAAAGCUGCAGUCGUAAGAAUGACCGAAGCUUUGAACUUUGAAUUGCAAGGAAUCCAGGUGCGAUGCGUAUCGAUUGUAACAGGUAACGGUAUUUUCGAGUAUUGGGAACUUUGCAAAGUGAAGCUUCCAGAUGCGCUGAACGGUUCCGAAGCGAAUUCAGUCAGCAGUUUUUUCGAUAAUAUCAAUGGAAGCUUGGAGGAAACGGAAGGACCGCGCAAAUUUGCCGAGUUAGUGAAGACUGUUGUUGAAACCUCGACAAUGAAUGCGUCAAUGAUCAGGCUGGACAGUGUGCCAGGAACGUGACUAUUUAGUCUUCUGGUUCUGGAGAAAAAUCUGCAUGUAAUUGACUGUUUAAUUGGAUUUGAAUAAAAUGGAAAUUGCCAAAAUAA